AUGGAAGAGAGGUGCGAGAAGGCGGUGGAAAGCCUCGGUGCAGGCCAGAACCGGCGGAAGUGGUGUUUGCAACGACCCGCGUUGUCAACAUCGAAUUCAUGGCGACAUCACCGUGUCACAUAUGCCAAGGACUACAUCUUUGCUCGCAACGCAUCUCGUGUUCUUUCUGCACACAAGACGCAUCAUGGCGGUCACCUGGACAGUCUUGGUAUCUUGGCCCAACAGCUCCGUUGCUAUUUUGCGACCGAAGAACGAUAUGUGAAGCAGAUCGGUGUUUUGACUGCAUCACUCUUUGUGGGGACGAAGGCUGCAUGGGCCGCUUGUCCUGGUCCUCUUGUCAUCGACGAUUUUUCGAAAUGGUCGUCUAAUCUGAACAGUCUAAAUGAAUGGGCCAGCCGUAUAUCAAUCGACUUUCAUCAGAGCCUUUUGCUAAGUUAUCCAGACGAUGGCUCCAUUUCGGCCAGCGCAGCCAAUGGCAAGCUGUCUGUAGUGUCCAACGCCAAUUCAUACUUCUACGAGACCUUCCCAUGUCAGGCUGCCUCUUGGCCCGUCAAGCGCAAAUCAUGGUGA